CCGUCUACCUCUACUCUGUCGUUUUAAUCAUUAUCUAGCAACAAAUUUUUGGUUUAAAAGUUUGCUAAUUAGAACAAAAUAGGGCAAAGGUAAAUGGUUUUGAAAACUCUUUUGUGGAAGGAUCACUCGGGUAUCACUUCCCCCAAACUACUACCAUGAUAUGUGAAUUGGAACAAUAUGCUUUGGGCAACGUAACCGCGAACUGCAGAGGGAUGCAUAUAUGGUCGGAGACCACAAUCUCAAUUGCUAAACCGAGGUAAACAUUAGAGGCUGUGUCACUCGACCCUCUCGGUUUAGGCAAUCAGUAGUUGACUGACUCCCUCACUCAACUCAAAUGUCAGACGGCUUAAUCAUGAUUAACCAAUUUGCUUAAUUCAACAUUAAGGGUAACCCUAAAUUAACCUAGUUAGGUGGCUUAAAAAGCUGAAGGAAAACCAACUCGAUUGAGUCUCCAUAGGAAGGGGGAUUUUCCUCUCUAAGCUAGGUUAAGGUGGCUAAUUAGAUUGCUAGCACCAACAUGCACAAAUCUAAGGGUGCUAAGCACAAUUACGCAAAAUCCUUAGGUUGCUAAGCACCAAAAUGCACAAACCUAAGGAUGCUAAGCAUAAAACAUGCACAACCCCUAGGUUGCUAUGCACAAGCAUGCACAAUCAAUAUGAAUAAUACCUCAAUCAUUGAAUUAAUCAAUAACCAAUGACAAUCUUUCAAUUCACAUAAAAUAAACUACACGGUAGAGUUAGGGUUUCACAACACCCAAGUUAAAGGAGAUCUACUCCAUGCUAGAAAUGAGAAAACACACAAGGAUAAGAGGUGGAAACCAUCUUGGAGGAUGCUCCCAAUCUUCUUGGCACUUGUGUUGAACUUUCCUACGUGGAAAUCUUCCAAAAAUCCACCUUGAAGCAAAGCCCUAGCAUUCUUCUCCUUUGGUUCGUGUUUCUCUCUCUAGAAAUCUGAAGAAGGCUUUUCACACAAAGUGGGCACACCCCUCUCUCCUCCUUUCAUCUCAUCUUUUAAACCAGAGACGAGCUCAGUUCACGGCCUAAGUUCACGAGCGUGAACUAUGAAACGUGUCUGUGAACUGCAGGCGUGCGCCAAAACGCACCGCUUCGUUCACUUUUGUUCACGGUCAACAGCCUCCAUUCAUGGUCUUACUGACCGUGAACUUACAUUGCGUCAGUAACCCUUGUUUUGGUUCUAGACGCUGCGAGGUUCACGGUCAAGGGCUCUUCUUCACGGUCGUGUAAGACCGUGAACUUCCUGGGAUCGCCGUGAACUGGCCGUUUUUCACCUCUUCUCCCGAUUUUCGAUCCUUUUCGUCCAACUUUCGACUUCGAGGCUGGUUUCACCUGUUAAACCGUGAAACACACUAAAACACGAGAAACCUAGCGUAAAAUCUACCUUUUAGGAGUGAAUUUUUCACAAACACUUUAGUAAAACGGGGGCAAAACAUGUACAAUUAGGCUCGAAUCACUCACCCACAUUUAGAUGUUUGCUUGUACUCAAACAAACCAUUUCACACAAGGUAAUAUUUUAACCUACACAAAUACUUUGGGGACAACUCAAAGGGCACAAAGUGGGAAUUCUCAAUGGCUGUUGGAUUAUCCGCUUGUGGUUCGAAGGGUAAUUUUAAUGGGAAGUGAGGGUAAUUUGGUCAAUCUCGAGGGCUGAAAAACCCCAGCUGCCUAUCCAUUUUCAUCUGUUUCCCCUCUCCUCGUUCUUCUUUUCUCGAUGACGAAACAGAGCACUGAUAUCCUCCUCUCGAUCUGCUUUCUUUCUCCAUCUCGAUACACCUGCAUUUCUCCCCAGAGUCUAUCUUCUUCUUUCUAUUUAAAACUUACUCAAUUCUCUCUCCUUAUCUCUAGAAGCGGCAAGGGGAAAGAGCGAAGGAGAGCGACGACGGCAACGACGAAAGGAAAGACGACGAACGACUCCGACAAUGGCGGGAAUCACGGCGGCGAAGAAGUAAAGAGUCGCCGGCACUCUGGCUUCGCCGGCAACGUGGGAAACUCAGAAAACUACAGCUGGGAAAUCCUGCUUGGUAAGUUUUUUGGUAAUUUGAGGUUUGGUUUUGAUGUACGAUUACUGGACUCGAGAUGGAAAAGGUUGCGAGGAAAUUUUGUUUUUAGUAAAGCCAGAUUGGGGAGGGGCUUGGUUUAGAAACUCAGUUUUAUCGCUAAGUUUGGUUGUUGGUUGGGUUUUGGUACUUUGAAACCUGAAAACUGGAACCUGAAAGCUUGAAUUUGGUUAUUUGUUUUGGUUGAUAGAUUUUUGACCCAAAAAGAUAAAUAUUGUGAUUAAAAUUCCAUGAUUGGUUAAAACUAACAAAGUGGGGAAAUAAGUUCAUUAAUACACUGCAAACACAGUUGUUGCUUGUGAUUACCAAGUAUUUUGGUUGAUCCAGAUAUGGAUUAUAGAUGAUAGCUUCAUAUAACAAUAAGAGGGAAACCCUCUUAAACAAACUAAACAGAGAAAGUAAGCUAAAAUAUGACCAAUAUAGAUGACGAAUAACGUAAACAAAAGCAGAUAAUGAUAAGGAUUAUCGGGAAAUAGCCACUUUAUACUUUGGUUGGAGUUGCUUGUGUUUGGUUCCUUUUAACUUUUCAGAUCAAGUUGCAACUUGUUUAAGAUUGGCUUAGUAUUAUUCAUCUUUUAAACGAAAUUAGUCCACUUAUAGUUUGCUUGGGAUGAUUGGGUUUUAGUUUUGGAAGCUUUAUAUAACUAGAAAGAAGUGAUUGCCAUGGAUGAAGAAGAUGAUGACGAUAGUUGUAUGAUUGAGUUCGGUGUUACCAACCUUUGGUUGUUUGUAGCUUGGAGAUGACUCUGCCUCCUUUUGCCCAGCUUCUGGGGGAGUUUGCUACCUCCUCGUAUGCUUCUUUUUCUCUCUUUUUUCCUUGCUGCCGUGUGUCGACUAAGAAGAAGGAAAGAAGUGGAAGUAGUUCUUUAUUUCUUGUUUUUUUGUUUGUGGCUUCUCUGGCUAGAGUGUUUGUAUCUUUUCCAAGAACAGAGGAAAUAAAAGAAGGGAGGCAGCAGGGAAGAGUGCCAAAAAUGGUUAAGAAGAAGGGAAGCAGCCAGAAAGAGUCCCCCUCUUCUGUUUUGUGAAUGCUUGCCUUUUUUCUGCCCUUCCAGUCCUUUGCUCUGGCUUCUCUUUUCUGUCUCUCUCUGGUUUUUGGUUCUGUUUAGGAAAGGGAAUGAAGUGUGUUGGUGUGCAUCGGCUAAGAAGAAGAAAAGGAAGUGAGAGAUAAGGUUUCUCAAUUUUGGCUUCUCUUUUCUGUAUGUGUGUGGGUUUUGAGCGAGAAGGAGAAAGUGUAAAGGGAACUUUUGUUGUUUUAUCUUUCUUUGUUUAGGAUUGUUGUGGCUAAAGAGGAAGAAGGAUAGUGGGAAUUUCCAGAGUUUUGGCUCUUUUUCUGUUUGUCGAUCAGAAAAGCAGAUGAAGAAGAAGCUGUCUGUGGGAACGAUGAGGAGAAAAGAUGUCUUUUCUUCUAAUCUGUCUCUUUCUUUCUGUAUGUUUAGGGAGUGAAUAAGAAGAAGAGGUGAAGAGAAGCCCCUGUCUUGGGGGAGGAGCAGUCCGAAGGCCUCUUCUACCAGAGCCAAAAGAGUGCUUGUUUUAUAGCCAAUGCUGCUUGCAAGGCAAGCAUGCUACAGUACCGGGUAUUGGGCGGACCGGAUUUGAGCCGUAGGCUGGACCGGUCAGGUUGACCCAAGAUGGCUUGGGCUGGGUUGUGUUGACUGGGCUUGGAUUUUGUUAACUUUCUUAACCAGAGUUGACUUUUGUUGACUGUAGACAUGGGCUUUGACUCUCGGUUUUGGGUUUGACUUGAGCCCAAUUUUUGUUGAACCUUGUAGUUAAAUAUGAUGUAAUCUGAUUAUGCAAUUAUUAUGGCUUUGUAAUUAUAGAUUAUAGCUCUAAUCAAAUUUAAUUGUAAUU